AUGAAAAGAAGCUCACAAAAGCACUCAAGCUUUAUCGCAAAUUUUCACAACAAAAAGACUGUUGGUCUGCAUACCCCAAAAGCUGAGACUAUUCGCUUUUUUAACGAAUCUCCAAAGGGUUCUAGCCCUCUAAAUAUAAAAUUUGAAAAGGAAGACCAAAAGUUCCAAGGAUUUCAUUCUCAUCGGAGAAGCAAUACAUCUCAAGGUUCUCCAACGCUCAAAAAAUUUAACUUAUCAUUGGAUAAAUCAGAUGGGACGAAUUAUUUAGUUGUGAAAGCAAAUUUUUCAGAAGAAGAAGAAACAGCUUCACAAACUGAAAGAAUCCUUUUAAAGCAAUGCACGCCUGACACCUUAUUAAGUGAAGAUUGUGAAGCAUGCUUCCACACAGAAGGAGAUCUAAUUGAUAGAGAUCAAGAAAAAAUAAUAGAUUUCAUUGAUCUAAUUGAUAAAAAUGAGGAAAAUCAAGAGUAUAAAGCUGAUUUAAUAGAAAAUGAACGAGAAAAUGGCAAAAGAUCUGAAGGAGAUAAAACAAAUGAAGCAGUUCAAAUAUUUAAUAUAUUUGAUCAAUUAGAGGAAGAAAAAGAAAUCAUAGACGAUGUCGAAGAAAUUGAAGAAAAAAUCGAAGAGGUUGGAAAAAAAAAUAUUGAGCCCGAAAUGGUGACAGUUUACUUCAAUAUUCCUUAUGAGACCAAAGUAAUCAAUAUUUAGCUUGGAGAAAAUAUUGUAGUCGUUGGAGAUACGGAAAAAUUUGGAAGUUGGGACACAAAUAAAGGAUUGAAAUUAGAAUGAAGCAAAGGUAAUUUUUGGCGUGGAAAUAUAAUAAUUGCUCAAGAAGAAGCAAAAUAUUUAGAAUUUAAAUAUGCAGUCAAUAAACGGAAUGGCUCAAAGUGAGAAAUGGGAGAUAACCGAAAGCUGCAUAUACAAAAUAAUUUGUUUUCGUGCUGUUGCCAGCAUGAAUUUUGGCAAAUUACUAAAGAAAAGAGCCAAAAAAGUGAUAUUAUCAAUAUCUCAUUCAGACUUUUAUAUCGAGCUAAGGUAAGUCUUAUUUAGAUUGGAGAAAAUUUAAGAGUUGUAGGAAAUUCUGAAAAAUUGGGAAACUGGGAUUUUAAUAAAGGAUUGAAGCUUGAAUGGACAAGAGGCCAUAAUUGGAUUGGAAGAAUAGAAAUCGAUAAAUUAGAAGCAUGCAACCUAGAGUUCAAAUAUGUAGUUGUUCAAGAUACUUAUCAGAAAUGGGAAAGAGGAAGCAAUCAUAAAUUGAAUUUCAAUGAAGAAUCAGGAACGAAUUUCUAUUUAAAUGACUUAUGGCAUGCUUAA